AUGACAAUGAGCACACAGCAAGGCCUGGAAUUGCUGGCCGAAAAGGCUGGCGAAGCGUUCGCACCCAGGCUUAUGCUGGAUGAUGGCGGCAAUAAUCUGCUUGACCAGGCCCAAACCCUUUUCAGGAAAGCUCUGUAUCAAAACCCUCAACUACUAGCACUCGUCAAAUCUUUAUAUCAAAGUCCACUUACGUUCUUACCACCGCCCUCGGAUCCAUGGUCAGCUAAAGCUGCGGAGAUACUUGAGAACCCGGAGUCUGCUCGCAUUCUUGAUGUCAAUCACAGCUCAAUUAAAGGCUUGCGCCCGCGUCAGAUGAUAAGCGAUGAGGUUAUUGAAGCAUAUUCGAAAUUACUUCGAAAGUCAGGGGUACGAAUCGGCACGACUAGGCUGCUUGAUCCCAGGGUGGAGAGGCACCACCCCAUGGAUAGAGACAUCGGCUUCGAGGAGCUUUGCACUUGCCGCGAGAUUUUUAUACCUGUUUUUUGGAAUUCCCACUGGACUUUUGCACGACUAGUGUCGUUACCACACGAGCGGUCUAUGGUCGUUGAAUUUUACGAUAGCUACCCGUGGGCGAACCCUCAGAUACCCUCCGUACUACUUAUAUGGCUUGAAAAGCGCUUUGGAGGGGUCAGGAUGCAAGUAGGGUUCGGCGCGAGUCCACACCAGGCCACAGACAGCUACGAUUGCGGUCUGUUCACCCUCAUGGGUAUCAGACUGAUGGCUUCUGGAUUGCGACAUCUCUUCCAAGUCGAGGCUGAUGAAAUCAUGCCAACAUUGCGGCCAAGAAUACUUGCGGAGCUUCUGGCUGGGUCUUUAGACCCAACUAGUACAGACUGUCAGCGAUUCACUCAACAACAGGCGGUUAUACUCAAAAAGGAAACUCUACUUUUCUUCCCAGGUCCCAACAAGUUCCUGGGAAGCGGCACGACGCAUGCUGAUCCUCUUGAUCUGUGCUCACCGGAAGCGUCAAUAGGCGACGAUAUAUACCUCGAGGCCAACUUGCACACAGCUAAAUUAGAGACUACCGAAAGCACUUCCUCGGCCGCCGAAGAGUGUACUACCCACUGCAGUGUAAUCGUUUCUAGCGAUCGUGUUAUUAGUCCGAUGUCUCCCGAGCAUGGGCCGGGCAGUACUUCUCAGACCACAGAUCAUGCAUCCCCAGAACCCACGUUAUCUACGUCGCGGUCGAGUAAUAUGGGACCGUUGGGUGCUACAAAACCCAACAGACAACAAAUUGCGGAAUUGCUUGUAGCAUCUUUUGCUGACAAGACGAAUAUCAUCAAUUGCCUAAGGGGCGCAGUGGCUACGUAUCGGCUAAUGGCGGGAAGUUCGGGGGAAGAUCCUGCAUCUCUGUGGCAUCAACUGGGAAUAGACAGGACUGGUUCCCCAGACGUUAUUCGGCAUCGAUAUACUCGGUUUCGCUUUUCCCAAGUGCUCCACCAGAAACUUUAUGGUCGCAAACAUCACUUAGAGGGGUGUACCUGUCUUGUGAGUCGCCGAACUUCUUGUGCAGUGAAAAGCAAUGCGAUGAGCAUGCUUAGCGUUCCACGGAAUGAGUGGAGACGAGCCAAAGCUACAGCAAAGUCUUCUCAGAUUUGGUCCAGUUUAGUAGAAUGUGCCUCACCCUUCCUCGGAGAACACGCCUCAACGGUCCUUUGCGCAAUUGGGCAUAGCACAUCUACUGUAGAGUCCGUAUCCAAAGGCUUCGAGCAGUAUUUGUGUGAUGGGAUUGCCUGCCGCCUUCGUGACUCCAAAGAUCACGCCCUCGGAACACUCAUUGCUGCCAGCGGUCUCUUCAAGGCUUUGACCGGGGGCUGGCUACCUUUGCAUAGAUUAAAAAUUGAGGGGACGUUGGAAUCCUUAGGCUCGGACUUUUCUAUCAUAAUGAGCAUGGACAGGCUCCCAGAUAAGAUCCUACUUCCUACCCGUAAAUAA